AUGGGUCAGCUCGACCGGAGUGAUACCACGGCCUCACAGAAAACCGGCGUGCAACAACCACAGCGUUGUGUUUCACCGUGUGGUCCUACCAUGUCGAGUCCUAUCAUAUUUACAUACGGCAAGGGUGAACACUUAGAUAUUGAUAUUAAACUAAUGAAUGUUCCACCUGGCAUCACCGAGUAUCUUCUUCACGUGCGCACAGACCAACACAGAUGGGGCACUAUAGGGCUGAUGUUCAGCCGAGGUUGCGGGGUAAGCGCAAUGAGGCACCGCGGCCUCGGCACAGAGCAGGAGAAGGAACGGGGGGUUUUAGUCAAUCGACACCAGCCAAACGUAUCGACUGUUACGCCAAAGAAUGGAAUGCUUAACCAAAAAUCGAGACUAAAUGUAAACUAUUUUUUAGUCUAUUUAGAGAUCAAAGAUAGUAAUCAAGAAUCUUGCGGUAUACGUAACGUCCUUAAUGGCAAAAAGACGGAAGAAGGCAAUGGUAGAUCUAGUUUUGAAGACAAAUGCCUAAGAAACGUUGACAAGGGCAACCUCUGUUCUAUAUUAGUGAAUUUCGAAAACAGAUGUGACGGUUCUCAUUUGGAAUGUAAUAUGAUUGGUCAGACGCUGACUUGUUAUUCAGGUUACAUUGGACCAGACACGGUGACAUGGUCUCAGAGAUACGUAAAUAGUCAAGAACGAAAACCCGUAUAUCAGAUUACGCAACCAACGAGUCUCUUCAAAAUGAGACUUUAUAAAUUUGAUAUCAACAGCCAGAUAACUAUGGAAAAAGAAUCAUUGAAGACGAAAUAUUUUACUAUAGAUCCCUCAUCCUUGGAAUAUUAUGCUGACGGAUUACCUGAUGGUAAGCAAUCAGCGCCGCCCAUGGACACAACACAUCACAACACCAAAGUGAGUUACGUGCGCGGAAGAGGGGAGUGGGACGGAUUGGGCCUCCGUGAUCUGAUCAAUGGUAACAAUAGAAAGAAAGAAAGAAAGAACGAAAGAAUGAAGGAAAGAAAAAAAAGAAAGAAAGAAAGAAAGAAAGAAAGAAAGAAAGAAAGAAAGAAAGAAAGAAAGAAAGAAAGAAAGAAAGAAAGAAAGAAAGAAAAAAAACCUAUGUGCGAAUUUAAAAAAGGCCCAACUUUGCAUUGCCAGUAUGGGGAAACACAAAACCGAUUAGAGAAAUAUAAAUGGUCUCAAAUAAUUGUAGUAGCAGACGGGUGGUCUGGUGGUAAGCAAACAGCAAUGGCCAACACAUGGCCAACAUGGGUAACUCCACAAAAGCUACAAGUUAGUACGAUGCCGGUCCUGGGUGGAGUGACCACCCAGUUCCAUCGCCUGCUUCGCAACAGGGCCGCGACGAUGAAAAUGGAAGAAAAGAAAAACAAUUAUGGUCUUAUGAGACAACGUCGCGGAUUCUAAAAAUGCCAAUUUAUAUAUUCGAUAAUAACAGCAUAAUAAAAUUCGAAGACGGUAACCAGAGAAACGCGCCAG